AUGUUGUCAGCAUCCUCAUCUAGAAAUCACUCUCUGCUGUCUUUCGACCGAAAUGGCGACGCCGGUCACACCAGCCAAUCGACCGGAUCCUUUGACUUUCUCCCAUCAGUCAGUUUCGAUGAUCUGCACACGAGUAUCGAAUCGGCUUCCACCGAAUUUAAGCUUACACAGUUUCCGUCACCAGGAGGUGAAGGAAGCAUCCUCGAGGCCAAAGGACUAAUGGAAAAGAAAUUACCAGAAAGACCAGCCAUGGCGCAAAACGCUGGGUCAACGCGUGGAAGCAUACCCCCGCCCUCGAGCCGGCCAGGUCGCUCAGGGUCCAUUCUGCGUCGACCAAGUACUUCGAGCAGACAAACAAGCGUGUCCUCGAUCGUGUCAUCCUCAUCUGGUACGGUAGAUGCUUCCACCACGUCCGCCUCCAUGCGAACUCGUCGUCAGAGCCAAUACCCGCCGGUUUCAAACACGGCUGUCGCCCCUCGGCCGCCGCGUAAAUCCAUGGGCCCAGGAGCCAUGACGGAUUCAGAUGCAGCCACCCGGAAUGGACAUGCUAGGCGCCCUAGUCUGUUGGGAGACAAAACUGGAUCGCGCGACUCUGCAAGACGUUCUAUUGAUGGUGGUUCUGCACUCGGCUCAGAGUCGAAUCGCAACUUGCCAGUCACAAGGGCGACCAAAGCCAAGUCGGUGCAACCGCCUCCCAGGACCAGCCAGGCAAACUUAUUAGGAGGCUCUACUCUUACCCCAGAGCAAAAUCGCUUUUCCACCUUGGCUCCGCGAUCUCCACGUAUUGGUGGGAAGGCAGGCACACCGUCCUCUAGCGGCAGCAAAAGGAUGUCGAUGAUGCCAGGUAGUCACGCCACUGGGCUAGGAGCCCGGACAAUCAGCCCAACUGACACCCGGAGGAUGAAACGGUUAUCAAUGAUGCCGACAUCACAGAGUCUGAAUAUGGUUGCCAACGUACCUCCGCCGCCUCCGCCAGUAUCAAUGGACGUCCGAGCCGACUCUCGUUCUCCGUCGAUGAUUCCACGGAAAGCCUCCCUAACCCCGUCUUCUGCCCGAACAACUCCAGACAUCAAUAAUCGAAAGUCGUACAGCUCCGGCCUCUCAAUAGGUUCCACUGCUAGUUAUAAUACCGUGAGGACGUCCACGGGAUCUGUUCAACCCCGCCUGCCUCCGUCAUCAUCUGUGACUCGGCUACCAGCUCCCAAGCAUGGCAGCACACAUAACAACAUGCAGAACGAGGACGAUGAGGAUGUUCCUCCCGUUCCUGCUAUACCCAAGGCUUAUGAAUCACCAAAGGAAUCUCAAGCCGAGGCUUAUUUUGUGGAGAAGAAGAAGUCGAACCUCAACACCUUUGACUCUACCAGUAUUCAUAGCAAUUCUACUGGCAGCAUAUCAAUGCCAGUUCACCCUGAGCCAACCAAAUCGCAACAAAAGUCGAGCAUUAGAAAGAGCUCGUACGCGGGCAUAACUACUACUGAAUCAGAGAAGCAAGCGAACCAGGCAAGGAAACAACUGGAACCAUUGAGGCUACCACCUCUCAAUAUUGGGCCCUUAAACCUCCCGUCCAACUCCAAAGUUAACAGCCAAAGUACUUCUCACGGAGACCUCAGCCCGCCCCCGUCGAGACAACUUCCCAAGACCCCUACAACACCCAUGACGGCCUCAAAGAGCUCAUUCUUCUCUAAAAGUCGAUAUGACGAGACAUUGGAGCUCCCGUCCCUUCGGAGUAGUACUUCCACUCACCACAUCCGCCGCAUUACACCAACACCUCCUGACGGCACCACUUCGGACUCAUCAUCUAGCCUGAUUGAACCGAACCAAAAGUCGAGCAUCUCACCUUUCUUAUCGUCGUCCUUGCCUAAGGGUGGCUUUGAGCCAGGCCACCUGAAAAGAUCCAAGACUGGGGGGGACUAUAAUACCAUCACAGGCAAUUUCUUCGGCCCUACUGUCGUAUCCACUAUCGAGUCGAAACCCGCUGGUCCUCGAGAGCUGAACAAGGAUAAGCCUACUCCGAAAUCUCCUCCUCCCGAACCCGUCGAGUCUCAGGAACCCAGAAGUCCUUCUUCCAAGACAUCGCUGCGAAGGAAGCUUAGCUUGUCAUGGAAGAGAGGCAACUCCAAGUCCAGUUCCGGUGAAACUGCAGACAAAUCAGGCGCUCAGCAGGCUUCAAAAUUCGAUCACAUGCCUCCCCCGCGAAUUCCUGCGUCAGCAUCUGCUGCAGUGGGCGGCUACUCUGGCAUCAAACAGCCUAACCCAAGUCCCGCUGUGAAUGCAAUCCCCAACGGGUCCAAUGUUGAGACUCGAAGACGAAAGAGUUCUGCAGCUAGCUUGACGAAUUAUGGUCCCCCAAGUCGCGUUAAGAGUGAUACAUGGCAAGCCCAUAAAGAUGGCCCUGAUUCCAUUACUGUCCCUUCAACUAGAAGUGCUAGUGGGGUACCGAGCAAGAUGGUCAAGCCCAAGCCAUCUGUGAACGCUCUUCGCACCGUGAGUUCUUGGACCAUCGAUCUGGACAAGGAUGAUAUGGCCGCGGAAGAAGAGAUGCGCAAGCUCGGGUCUCGACGCAAAGAAACAGAGAUUGCUGGCAGAACUUUGGAUGCUCUGAAGAAGAGAGCAACGCCGAAGGAGCGCGUUGGGUCUCAAGAUGCCAUUCGAAUUGCCAUGCUCAAUAUAUAUGAGCGAGGUGAAAUCAUUGACUACAACGAUGUAUACUUUUGUGGAACGCAAAACGCCCGCAAGGUUGUGGGGAACCUGCAGUCUGAUGCACCUAAUUUUGGCUACGACGAUGACCGCGGCGAUUACACUAUUGUUCCUGGUGAUCACCUUGCAUACAGAUAUGAGAUUGUGGACGUUCUUGGAAAGGGAAGCUUUGGACAGGUUGUUCGAUGCAUUGACCACAAGCUGGGCGUUCUCGUGGCGGUGAAAAUCAUUAGAAACAAGAAGAGAUUUCACCAACAAGCCCUUGUCGAAGUUAAUAUUCUCCAAAAACUUCGCGAAUGGGAUCCCAAAAAUAAGCACAGCAUGGUCAACUUUACCCAGAGUUUCUAUUUCCGCGGUCACUUAUGCAUCUCAACUGAACUCCUGGAUAUGAACCUGUAUGAGUUUAUCAAGGCCCAUUCUUUCCGUGGAUUCUCUCUGCGAAUUAUCAGGCGCUUCACAAAGCAGAUUCUAAGUUCUUUGGUUCUCCUCAAGCAACGCAAGGUUAUUCACUGCGAUCUGAAGCCUGAAAACAUUCUGCUGAGACAUCCUAUACAUUCUGAGAUCAAGGUCAUCGACUUUGGAUCGAGUUGCUUCGAGCAUGAGAAAGUAUAUACAUACAUCCAGUCAAGAUUCUACCGGUCACCGGAGGUCAUUCUAGGCAUGACUUACGGUAUGCCGAUUGACAUGUGGAGUGUGGGUUGUAUAUUGGCAGAGUUGUACACUGGUGUUCCAAUCUUCCCUGGCGAGAAUGAGCAGGAACAGCUGGCAUGCAUCAUGGAGGUAUUUGGGCCUCCAGAGAAGCACUUGAUUGAGAAGAGCACGAGAAAGAAGCUAUUUUUCGACUCCAUGGGCAAGCCACGCUUGACGGUAUCGUCCAAGGGCCGCCGCCGGCGCCCAUCUUCUAAAACGUUGCAGCAAGCAUUAAAAUGUGAUGAUGAAGCCUUCCUGGACUUUAUUGCUCGCUGCCUGCGAUGGGAUCCUGAAAGACGGUUGAGGCCUGAAGACGCAGUUCGGCAUGAAUUCAUCACGGGUCAGAAACUGCCCGCAAUCGUUCCAAGACUCCCGGCAAGAGAGGCAUCACCAUCAAAGCGGCUCAAUCCCAUGUCAACACCACGUCCCUUGCCCGACCCUCCGGGAGUUGUGACAAAAGGAAUCGGCGGCACCUUGCGAACUGGCAUCAGUCCCCACAAGCCAGUGUCUGGCACCUCAAGAAGAACAUCCGGCGCGACCGCUGCUACUGCUGCCAGCAUCAACAGACGAACUAGUGCUGGCGGAUCCAUCAGUAGCAUCAGCAGCCUUCCCCGUGCCGCUGGUCGAACUGCUAGUGGCAAACAGGACCUGGCGGCAGCGGGUGCUUCUGCCGCAAUGAGCCGACGAGGAUAA